AUGGUACUUAUUGCUAAAUUUCUCGUUCUGGCAUUAACAGCUGCCGCCACACCUAUCCUUCGUCGUGAUGCCACUACGGUUCAGAACGAUAUAACCCAAAAAAUUGGCCCGCAAAUAACAACGCUUAACAACGACGUCUCUGGCUUCCCCGCUAGCGGUUUAACCGGAGCAGUGACUAUCAAUGACGAUAUUCAGAGGCUUGUUGCUACCGUGAAGGGUACGAUUUCAGAUAUCCAAAACACGGGCUCCUUUGACACUGUAUCUGGAACUACUAUUCUUGCCGACAUCCAAGUGCUAGUUCCUACGCUCCUGAGCACAGUGGUUUCUAUUGAAAUUCAAUAUGAAGCUUGGGCCGCUAUUCCAGGCGGCACAGCUUUGAUUUUAAGCGAUCUCCAGGCUCUCAAUACGGCCUUCACCGACUUCUCCAAUGCUGUGAAUGCAGCCGAACCCCUUCUCCUAAAAGCCGGGGGGAUCGCAAUUCAAGCUCAGAUUACGGGUGCCUUCGACACUGCAAUAGCCGCUUACUCCGUCUAG